UAUUUUGAAAAAUGGAACCACACACAUGAUUUUCCGAACACUUAUUUUGAAUAAGCGCCCCUCGGAUGAGGAGUCACGAGCUGCCACUGGUCCUGUGCAGUAAUACACAGAAUCAUUGAGUGCAGCGGUCAUAGCUGUGAUUUAUAGUAAAUAAAAGAAUCAAGGACUGGAACUGUUAUAUUUAUCCAAAACCUUAUGUAAAACUUCAGCAUUCAAAAGGCAUUCAAGAGACUUCUUAUCCGUAUCACUUAAUCAGGAUGAGAUCAUUUAAACCCAUGAGCUUUUUACCGCUAACUCAAUGCUGUUCCAAAUCGAAUCAGUUUCAUUCAUAUUCUGAUUAGAAUACAUAGAUGACAACAGGAAAAAAAUGCAUUAUACAGAUGCUGUGAUACAUGAAGUACAGAGAUUUGUAUGUAUAUUAAAAAUAUCAAGUUUCUGAUUAUUGGGGGGGAGAUGUCCCCCUCAGCGUCUAUUGUGCAGGCUUGUGCAUAACUCAGAAUUUAAUUGAAGUGUUAAGUUUUCAGUACAUGUCAGAUAUGUUUGCAUUACAUAUUCUAUAAAUUAUGUUAGUUUGAACUACUUGUAUAGAUUACAUUAACAGGAAAUGUUUUCCCCAAGCAAUUAAUGUUAAAAACUCUAGUCACAUAACAAAUAAUUAAGUUAGAUUUUUUUGGAAUUGUAAUUUUAUGGAAUAGAUGGAACAUGACUUCAUUUCCCAGAAUGCUUUACUUUAACAAAGUAUUUUUAAAUGGUUGCCAAACAUUUUUCCAAAGUAACUUUCCUAAAACUGAAUUUAUGUAAGAUUAUUUCUGUUGUGUGAUUACUACUGUUGAGUUUAUGUUGCAAAUCUUUCCUGGCUCCUCCUCCAUGUUUUAGACCAAAUAAUUUCCUGACCUGAAUACUAAUCUGUUCAGUUUGAAGUGUAAAUCUCUUUAACUAUGGCUUUAGUGGAAACACUUCUCCUGAAUGUCUCCAGCACAGGAGCUUUACUCGCUGCUCUUCUGCUGCUUUUGGUUAUUUAUUUCUGCUUCAGGUCUCCAGAAGAUGACCAAGAACCUCCAGGACCCAAACCACUACCACUUGUGGGAAACCUGCACAUUCUGGACCUUAAACAACUUCAUGUGAGCCUCUGGAAUUUAUCCAAGAAAUAUGGGUCAGUGUUCAAAGUUCAUCUUGGACCCAAAAAGAUUGUGGUUUUGUCCGGAUACAAGACGGUUAAACAAGCACUGGUGAACCAGGCUGACGAAUUCGGGGAAAGAGACAUAACACCCAUAUUCCAAGACAUCAAUAAAGUACAUGGAAUCAUCUUUACAAAUGGUGAUAGGUGGAAAACCCUGAGAAAAUUUGCUCUCUCAACUCUUCGAGACUUUGGGAUGGGAAGGAAACUGAGCGAAGAGAAAAUUAUUCAGGAGACGCGAUAUCUGCGGGAAGUUUUUGAGACCUUCCAAGGAAAUCCUUUUAAUACAACCCAGCCAGUAAAUUAUGCCGUUUCUAACAUCAUCUCAGCUAUUGUUUUUGGAAAUCGGUUCGAAUAUGAGGAUCCAAAGUUUAACGAAAUGGUUGACAGGGCAAACCAGUUCAUCCUCUUGAUGGGCUCUGCUUCCAUACAGAUCUACAACAUGUUUCCAGUGCUUAGGCCAUGGCUGAAGACCUGGAGACUGCUAAUGGAACGUGUGGAGAGCAACCAUGCUGAAAUACAGGUGCUAGUGGAUCGCUUGCGGGAGACUUUAAACCCUCUCAACUGCAGAGGAUUAGUCGAUGCCUUCCUCAUCCAAAAACAAAGCUUAGAGAAAUCUGGAGAAAAUGAUUCGCAAUUUAAUGAUCUGAACCUGCUCAUGACUGUGGCCAACCUGUUUGCUGCCGGUUCUGACACAACCGGCACAACGCUACGCUGGGGUUUACUGCUCAUGGCCAAAUAUCCUCACAUACAAGAUCGGGUUCAUGAGGAAAUUGACAGGGUGCUUGGCGGACGUGAACCGGUUACAGAGGACAGGAAGAAUUUACCUUACACAGACGCUGUGAUCCAUGAAAUCCAGAGACUGGCGAAUAUAGGGCCCUUGAAUCUGCCACAUAAAACCAGCUGUGAUGUGAACUUCAAUGGAUAUCUCAUCAAGAAGGGGACGUGUGUCCUUCCACUGCUGACGUCUGUUUUGAGAGAUGAGAGCGAGUGGGAGACGCCCGACACUUUUAACCCUGAACACUUCCUCAAUGAGAACGGUCAGCUGAUCAAACGUGAUGCCUUCUUGCCCUUCUCAGCAGGACGCAGGAUUUGUUUAGGAGAGGGUUUGGCCAGGAUGGAGCUCUUUCUGUUCUUCACUUCUCUUCUUCAGUGUUUUCACUUCACUCCUCCACCUGGAGUCUCUGAAGAUGAAUUGGAUCUCACACCAGUUGUGGGUCUCAUCUUGAACCCCUCACCACACAAGCUGUGUGCAGUCAGUAGGGGAGAAAAACACAACCUCAAGUUAUAAAUCCAAAGGCAGAAUAACUAGUUAAAUAUACCUCAUGAUUGUAAAACCUAAAGACUCUUACAGUGGCGUCCAGUGACUUCAUUUCCGAGGGCGAACAUCUCUUUUCUCAUAAACCAUUUUGACACACGUGCAGCAGGCUCGUAUUUUGACAAGUCACAUGAUCGGACACACAUUUUGAAAUUUUGCCCCUCGGAAGAGAAGUCAUCGGCCACCACUGGACACUUGUUUCACAUUAUAAGACUCUUAGACUAUUAUAUUAUCUCAUUAGCUUUUACAUUACACAUGCCUUAACAUAUUCAAUUGUAUUUCAAGUAAGACCACUUAUUUCCUGUGUCUCGUCACUUAUUACACGAUCCCUUACCUGUUAUUAAUUUUCAGCUGUUCCCCUCAUUAGUUCUCUCUAUUUAAUGUCCCUGUGCUGUUUGUUCUGUGCUUGUGUGUUUGUCUAACUGUGAGUAUCGUGUCUGAAAAUAUCUAGUCUAGUUUGUUAUCUCGUACAGUCUGUUUGUAGUGAUGUUCUUGUUUAGUCAGUGUUUUGUUUUCUAGUAUUUGUGAUGUUUUGCCCCUCGUGGGUUUUGUUUUGCUGUUCUAGUGGUGGGCAGAGCGAGGCUUUGUGAAACACUGAAACAGUUGAAUCAAUUGUGCAGUAUGUUUCGAGGCUUUGAAACAUCAAUUUGAAACCGCCUCCAGUGACACCUAGCAGCCUUAGCAAGAUUUUAGACGAGCGCUGACAAAUUUUAUCUCACAUGUUGUUUGAUUGACACAUAACUGAUAGAAUGGGAGAGUGUAUAGUGUUCUUGACUCUCAUGCAAAGAUCUCAUCAUAAUAAAAUGCAUUUUGUUGUUGUUUUAACAUCUGUUUGACAACUAUAUGAGCUUUUAGGCUCACAAUUGUCGAUAACUAUAGGCUAUUUGGGUCUAUUUAAUAAAAAAAUUUAAUAGAGAUAUACCAAAUAAAUAAUAGAAAUUGAUAAAAUAUAUCAAGCCAUAAUAUGCCACAUUGUUUACAUAUAAAGAUCUUUAUUCAGAAAUAUAAAUUGUUCUGUGUUGAUGGACUCUUUUUGAUCUUUUUUGUACAUAUAAUUUCUCCAGCCUUUGAAAACAAUUCUCACACAAGGGACACUUGUUGCUGGCAUGCAAUUUUUUGUAAGUAGCCUAACUGUUACAUACAAAUGAGGAAAAAUGACUUAUUUUCCGUAAUUUUAGAGUAUUUGAUCUUGGCAAAAAUGCAUCUAUGAUGUAUUGUCAGAUUUGUUUCCUACCCUGUCAGUUUAAGAUUCGAUGCAG